AUGAGAUCUGCCCGAAGCGUGGACGAUCUGGCUGCCCAGGACGACAGCUCGGAUGGAGCCAGCUCGUCCACGGGGCAGAGCAGCGACAGCGACGACGCAUGCACUCCAACAGGAUGUCGGCCACCUGCCCUGUGGUUUGAUCCCAGUUCGCCUGAGUUUGAGCUGGUCGAGAGCAGCGCCGAGUUCAGGAUGCUUCCCGGCUUCACCGAGGAGGAGAUGACAAACCUGGGAGGUGUUCUGACGUGGGUGCGCAAUGAGCAGAGGGAAGCUUUCGCAACUUGGGUGCGCAACUUCGCCGACGGCACCCAGAAUCAGGAGAGUCAACGUUCCGACGCUCGUGCAGGAGUCAAAUUGUGUAUCGCGAGCGAGAAGCACAAGGCCCAGUUUCAGGCGGAGGUGCACUUGGAGACGUGCUGGUCAAAGGCCAUUCCCAUGACCCUCAAGCUCGUGGUCCAUGGCUUCCGAGCCCGGCCGAAGAAUACUAAUAAGGGUAGGAGCAGGAGGACUCGAGAACAACGUGAUGAUUCUUCUGAUGCCGACGAGGCUACACCGCACGAGGGCAAAAGAAGGGUGCGCAGUGAAGACUUUGAGGUUCGCGACUCAGGGCUACAUGUGCAGUGCGACGUCGGGAAUGGCGAGUCUGAUAAUGACCCGCUCGUGGUCACGAGGAGCAUCAGCCCUGGUCUCCAGCUGCUUCUCGGCUCCGGCGAUUCAGGGCAAGAUGUGUGCGACUUGUUCGCCCAGACAGAGGUCGACCGACUCGAAACUUGGUUGCACGACGAGUAUUUCGCCCGGUUUCAGCGUAAUGACGCCUCCUCCGCCACCAGCCACUGGUUUUCCUUAAAAAUGCCAGCUCUGGAAACAUUAGACGUCCGCAUUGAGGUCAAUUGUAGGCUCACGUUUCAGCGUGGAGACUUGGGCAUGUGCCUGGUGAUCCAACGAAUGCGAUGGUCGCCCAUCAAGGGGUUGACAAGGGCCAAGGCGCGUAGAAGGCCAAGGACUGUCGGCACGCCGGCAAGGGUGGAUUCGGCGAUGCUCGACACGCUGAGUGGACACGUGAGCCUGUGA